AGGAGACAGGUAAACAGGUGAGGAGAAAAACAGGGAUGGGAUGAAAUGAGCUGGAAAGAGAGGGUGACCUCACUUUAAAAGAGGUUGGGUAAUGGAGGUAGAGGGUCGACAUGAGCGACUGAGGUAAAAGAGGGCGCAGGGAGCAGGAUAAGACGCGUUAGGGAGCCCAGGGACAGAAGGCUGAACUGCUUUGAUAGAGGUCAGAACGUGCAGCAGACGAGGAAGCGGGGGAGCGUUGUUUUUCAGCGUCUUAUUCCGAGACAAGUGUUGUUUUUUAGCACACACCCGAGGAAUGUGGUUAAUGCAAUGCUGACCUUCUGAAGAUGACAGCGGACAAACCUCUCUCAGGUGCUGAAAUGACACGAGUGUGCUUUAUCUUCCUGCUGAUGAGUAACGCCGGCUCGGUCUCCACACAGUUCAAUGGAUACAACUGCGACGCCAGCUACCACAGCAGGUUUCCCGGUGAGAGGGACAUCAGUGUUUACUGCGGGGUUCAGACCAUCACCUUGAAGAUCAACUUCUGCCCCGUGCUGUACUCCGGCUACACGGCGGCCGACUUGGCCCUCAACGGACACCACAGCGAGGCCCAGUGUCGCGGCUUCAUCAACAACAACACCUUCCCCACGGCGGUCCUGUUCAGCAUCAGUCUCAGCACCCUGGAGGCCUGCGGCAACAGUCUGGUGGUCAGCACAGCGUACGGGCCCAACGCCUACGGGAACAUGUCUCUGGUGCAAAUUGGGAACGUCUCUGGCUACAUCGACACCCCCGACCCGCCGACUAUAAUCAGCUACCUGCCUGGUUUGUUGUAUAAAUUCAGCUGCAGUUACCCUCUGGAGUAUCUGGUCAAUAACUCACAGCUGGCCUCCUCCUCUGCGGCUGUAUCCGUCAAGGACGGCAACGGCACAUUUGUGAGCACGCUGAGCAUGAUCCUGUACAACGAUUCAACGUACAACCAGCCUCUGUCUAUCCCGAUGGCUGGACUAGCUCUGAAAACCAGAGUCUUUGCUGCAGUGAAGGCCACAAACCUAGACAAACGGUGGAACAUCUUGAUGGACUACUGUUACACAACGCCCUCAGGGAAUCCUAAUGAUGAACUCCGCUAUGACCUUUUCUUUGGCUGCAACAAAGACCCACAGACGACGGUCUUCGAGAAUGGGAACAGCCAGAUGGGACGCUUUUCCUUUGAGGUUUUCCGUUUUGUUAAACACAGACACCAGAAGAUGUCGACCGUGUUUUUGCAUUGCGUCACUAAGCUAUGCCGAGCAGACGACUGCAUCAUGCUCAUGCCGAUCUGUGGACGACGGCGCAGACGGGACGGAGAGGAGAGCCUCGGUUCCCCACCACCGGCCUCUGGGAACGCUGUCAUCACUGCUGGUCCCAUCAUCACCAGGAGCGAUGAAACGCCCGUCAAUAACUCCCAGCUCGCAUCUCGUGACGCCUCCGGGCGGCUGAACCUGGUGACCAGCGCUCUGGUCUCAGGUGUGGUCGUUCUGGGCGGUGUCAGCAUGGGCUUCUUCCUGCUGACGCUCCGCCUCCGCCGCAUCCUGCAGAAGUCCCGCCUCCCGACGGCCACGGUCUCAGGUGUUUGGAACUCCAGCUUUAAAUGAAUAAACACCUGUAUUUUAAUAUUAUUAUUAUUAUCAUCACGUAUUUGUAUAAAAAUGUCUAACCUUUUCCUUGGCUAGUCUUGCCUUUGUGCGAACAUCAUUAAAUGUGUUUAUUAUUUUAGUAUAUUUAUUGCCUUAACAUACCUCAACAUUUUUAUCCUUUUUUUUAAUUAGAAAUUGUGUUCACUGUUUAAUGAAAAUGAUUUAUCUUUUUUUUUUUUUUUAUCUAGGAACCAUUGUCUCCUUAUUCUUACAAAAGUCACUGUUAGAAUUUAAUUAAGAAAAAUAAGAAAAAAAACAACAAAAUACAAAACGAAAACACUGUUGUUUUGUCUGUAUUUUUUUCUUAAGGUGAAAUAUUAAUUUUAA